AUGAGAAUUCAACACGAUUGCUGGCAUUUGAGAUCAGUGACUCUGCAUCUCACAAAAAGCGUCUUCAGAGUCAGGGAGGACCACGGAGGUCUGUCAUUCAACUUGAGGAGCCCGUCAUUCAAAACACUGGGAAGGAAACGACCCCGAUCCCACCGAGUGAAGGCGGCGCUCGGCCCCAGGCGGGGAGGUCGCUGGUGCGAAGGCAGUCCCGACGGAGGGGGUGGUCAGCAGCGGGGCCAGUGCCGGGGGCCCGGGGGCCGCGACCCGGGACCACGACUUAUCCCUGGGGCGCCGCGCGCCGGGCAGUGCCCGCCACCCAGCCGGAUCCUCCGCGGUGACGACACGCGAGACGGGGAGACGGGGAGACGGGAGCCAGUCCCACCGUCUGACUCUGACGCGGGGCCAGAAACGCCCGGCCCCUUUGUCGCUCCGCCGCGGCACGUCGUCCGCGUUCCCGGCCGGCGCGCGCGGGCGGCGACCGGAAGUGCGAGGAGUCAGUCCGCCGCCAUUUCCCGGUGCGCGCGCCCCGGGCGUCGCCGUCGGCCUCGCGUCUGCGUCCGGGUGGCGCUCGCGGCUCCGCUGAGCUGGGGGCCCGGCGCGUUGCUGCCGGCCACCGGGCUGAGCCUCAUGCACAACCUGGGGACUCGGAGCGCGACCGGCUUGCUGCGGGACGAGCAGAGAGGGAGGGGCAGAGUGUGUUUCCAAAAUGCCCAGACUCUUCUGCAGUCGGGACUGACGGGCCGGGAAUUGCGGAAGAGAGGGAAGACCACCUGCUCCCUCCGCCCGCUUGUCCCCGGCCUCCAGCGCCGGUGUGGACGCACACAGGCCCCCCCUGGGCCCGGCGAGGGCCCCCUCCACGCGGACGGAGGGGAGGCGUCUCUGACCUUCCCUGCUCGCGCGGGUCAACCGGCUAGGUGCCAGUUUUACUUCAUCCACCAGACUACAGGCUCCAUGAGGACAGGAGCAGUUUUGACUGCUUUUGUUUAUGGCAAGUAGUAAUUUUUUUUUUUUUUAGACCUCAUUUUGCAGCAUGGGGACAUUAGUUCCCCAACCAGGGAUUGAACCCCAAGCCCCCUGCAUUGGGGGCACAUAGCCUAACCCCUGAGCCAGCAGUCUUUACCCUGACUGUUCCUGUUUCAGUGGGACUGCAUUCCAGUGAGGGACCCAGGGAGUGAUGCAUUGUGGAGAAGAUUAGGGUUAUGUAAUUGGGAGCGUUUGGGUGACUACUUUAGUUGCAUGCCUGGGAAAGUCUCUCCAAAAAGGUGAAGUUUAAGCUGCUGGUAAAUGAAAGAAAGGAGACAGCUAAAAAAACGAAAUGACAACUUAUGGACUGGGAGAAAAUAUUUGCAAGCAUGCGACUGACAAGGGCUUAAUGUCCAAGAUAU